GACAUGACCAUUGCACUGAAGAGCUUCUCGCUAUUAGCAUAUGGAGUUAAGCCACAGAUGCUGGCGUCCACUAUCGCCACAACGAGUCGACCCGUCGUGUUUCGCUCAUCGGUAUUUGCAGCAGUGCGACUAUUGAACACUUCAUCCACAGAAAUUAAGAAUGGAAUCUCAACAAAAUUGAGCGAAAACAGACCAAGAAGAGCACUUUUUUAUGUGCCCGGAAGUGACGAACGGAAGCUACACAAGUCAAUCUCGGUUGCAGCGGAUUGCAUUGUGUAUGACCUCGAAGAUAGUGUUGCCGCAAGCAAGAAAGGGUCGGCUAGGCAAAUGAUAAUGGAUGCCUUGGAGGCUUCGGAGCAUGGAAAGGCAGAAAAGGCUGUCAGAAUCAACGCUGUCGGUUCAGGUCUCGAGUUGGACGAUUUAAAUGUUGUGUUGCAUACAAAAAGACUUCAAGCCAUUGUGAUACCCAAAGUUCAAAGUGCAAAAGACAUUCAGUUUGUCAGUAGAAUGAUUGACUCCGUUGCUCCAGAAUCAAACCGAGCCAAUAUCCGUUUAAUUGCAUCUGUAGAGAGUGCCAUGGGUAUCAUGAAUCUUAAGGAAAUUGCCACAGCCGAUCCUAGACUAGAUGCUUUAAUUUUUGCUGCUGAAGAUUACUGCGCCGACUUAGGCUUGGUACGAACACCCAGCCGUCUGGAAAUGCUAUUCGCUCGUCAGCAAAUUGUCACUACUGCCAGUGCCUUUGGUUUGCAAUCCAUUGACUUGGUCUGUGUUGACUAUCAGAACCUGGACAUUCUGAAAGAAGAAUGCCGUGAAGGACGCGAAUUUGGUUUCACCGGAAAACAGGCGAUUCACCCAGGUCAGAUUGAUACCAUUCAAGAAUACUUCUUACCAGAUCCUAAAGACGUUGAGCGUGCUGUCAAGAUCAUGGAUGGCUUUGAGCUUUAUUCAAAGAAAGGAGUUGGUGCCUUUGUCGUGGACGGCAAGAUGAUCGACAUGCCCGUUAUCAAGUGGGCACAAAAAGUGGUAGCUAAAGCUAAGGCAGGAGGCAUGGAAAUCCCUGAGUUGGAUGCUCAAAAUGCAAAUGACGGCAAGAAUACAAAGACGAAAUGAGUUGAAUCAAUCUAACUGCCUCAUCAUAAAAAAAUGUCCCAAUCGAUCAGCCUCAUGACACGUAUCCAUGGAGGUUGUUAUCUCUUCUUCCCAUUCAUAUACACAGUAGCUGUACACUUUCAAUAAAUGCCUUUAACUCACAUUCGAAAUUGAGCAAGC